AUGGAUGAGAGUAGUUAUGGAGGUUCACCAAGCACACUACCACCUUUCCUUACAAAAACAUAUGAGAUGGUUGAUGAUUCUUCAUCGGAUUCGAUUGUCUCGUGGAGUCAGAGCAACAAGAGUUUCAUCGUUUGGAAUCCGCCCGAGUUUUCGAGAGAUCUUCUUCCUAGAUUCUUCAAACACAACAAUUUCUCAAGCUUUAUCCGUCAGCUUAACACAUAUGGUUUUAGAAAAGCCGAUCCUGAGCAAUGGGAAUUUGCUAAUGAUGAUUUUGUGAGAGGUCAACCUCAUUUGAUGAAGAACAUUCAUAGACGUAAACCGGUUCAUAGUCACUCUUUACCGAAUCUACAAGCUCAGCAAAACCCGUUGACGGAUUCAGAACGACUGAGAAUGACCAAUCAAAUCGAGAGAUUGACGAAAGAGAAAGAAGAAUUGCUCAAAGAGUUACAGAAGCAAGAAGAGGAACGAGAACGGUUUGAGCAACAAGUGAAAGAACUUAAAGAUCGGUUACAAUACAUGGAGAAACGUCAGAAAACAAUGGUUUCGUUUGUUUCUCAGGUAUUGGAGAAACCAGGGCUCGCUUUGAAUCUUUCCCCGUGUCUUCCAGAAACAAACGAGAGGAAAAGAAGGUUCCCGAGGAUCGGGUUUGAACCGAUGAUGUUGGAAGAGAAUCAACAAACAUGUGUUGUUGCUGUGAGAGAGGAAGGCUCUACAAGCCCUCCUUCGCAUACAACAGAGCAUCAUCAAGUGGAACAGUUAGGUUCAUCGAUAGCGAUUUGGGAGAAUCUUGUAUCGGAUUCUUGUGAGAGUAUGGUACAAUCAAGAAGCAUGAUGACAAUUGAUGUAGAUGAAUCAUCUACUUGUCCAGAAAGUCCACCUCUUUCUUGCUUACAUCUAAGUAUCGAUACAUGUCCGAAAUCUCCUCCUUCUUCAAGGAUCAUCGACAUGAACUCUGAACCCGAUGCUUCGAAAGAACAAGACACCGUUGCUCCUCCAACGGCAGCAGGAGUGAAUGAUGUCUUUUGGCAGCAGUUUUUAACAGAGAAUCCUGGCUCAACCGAACAACGGGAAGUUCAAACAGAGAACAAAGACGAUCGUAGCGAGAAAUGUUGGUGGAAUUCGAGAAAUUUAUAUACGAUUACAGAACAGCUUGGACAUCUGACUUCUUCAGAGAGAAGUUGA